UCGUCUCGUAGAAAUAGUAAGGAGGCACCUGAAAUAGAUAACUUUGUUAAUAUUUUUCUCUAUUAAAAAUGUCGUUUCACAAAGAUUUAAAGCAAUUACUAAAACCUUACUACUGGGUUAACAUUCUACUGAGUGUUUCAUACGUUAUUUCAAAGAGAACUUCUUUGAUAUGUAAUUCGUUAUUUCCUGGCUCAGACUGUGAAUUGGACAGUCGGGAAACGGAAAUAUUAUUCUUCUUAAUGAUAGUCGUGAUGCUGAGAACUAGGAAGGCCGGAAGUGUUACUAUGGUCAAUUAUUUAUCAUCGUCAUUUGUGUACACUAAAAUAGCGAAUUUAAUAUUGUGGUUAUACGCUGAUGUAAGAUACGGCCUUCCUUUCGGAGCUCUACUUAUUCUUUUCUCCCUUAUCUUACCUGAACCGACAUAUGCGGGUCCUGAACUCAUUACCUACUUUCGGGGAACUCAGGUGUUGGACGAAGAGCUCAAACGUAAUAAGAACACUAGUUGGCUCAUCUGCUUAUAUGCGGCUUGGCACCCAGCUUGUGUUAACUUUGCACCUGUCUUUGCCGAACUAUCCGCUACCUACAGUCUGGAUAAUCUGAAGUUUGGGAAAUUGGAUAUCGGAAGAUAUCCAGAAGCGGCCGCCAAGUACAGGAUCCAAGACGGACCGACCAGUCGCCAGCUCCCAACUGUGAUAUUAAUCAGAGAAGGGAAUGAACAAGUAAGAAGACCACAAGCUGAUUCUACGGGGAAAUUACAAAAGUUUCUCUUCUCGAAAGACAAUAUGAAGGCCGCUUUUGACCUGGACGACGUGCAUCAGGAGUGCAAACAGAGGUUGGCGGCUCUGAAGGCUAACAGGAAGACGGAGAAGGUCGAGUAGACCCAUCAAGAAGAACGUACAUAUAAGUAGACUAAUACAAAAUAGAAGAUUUCGUUCACCGAUAGAUCAUUGAUAUGUGACUAACCAGGUUAUUUUUUUAAUGAUAAUUCCAAGUACUUUUCCAGCGAAAAAGAUCUUAUAUUUGCAACUUGUCGGAGGACUCCUUGUUCCAGUGCUAAAUAAUCUAUUAAUAAAUGCACAAAGAUAUAUCACCAUGACUUAAUACAAUGGAUUGUCGCAUACAAUCAAUUUUAUCAAAAUCUGUUCAGCCUUUCCACUAUUAGGACUAGUUUAGUGUGUUACUAACAUUUACUUGAUCAGCUUUAGGUCACAUUAAGACCUAAAAUGUUAAUAAAAUGAAAGAUCUGUUUAUAAUUUUAUUAAUUAUGUUCUUAAAGUAUUCUGUCUGUCCGUGUGUCCGUCUGUCUGUAUUACAAUGUGUUAAGAUUAAUUUAUUUCAGGUUUUUUAUUUAAAUAAAUUAUUAAAAAUUG